AUGAGCUACCGUGCCGGCUACACACUGAGUUACCGUGCCGGCUACAUGCUGAGUUACUGUGCCGGCUACACGCUGCGCUACUGUGCCAGCUACACGCUGAGCUACCGUGCCGGCUACACGCUGAGUUACCGUGCCGGCUACACACUGAGUUACCGUGCCGGCUACACUCUGGGCUACCGUGCUGGCUACACACUGAGUUACCGUGCUGGGUACACGCUGAGUUACCGUGCCGGCUACACUCUGGGCUACCGUGCUGGCUACACGCUGAGUUACCGUGCUGGGUACACGCUGAGUUACCAUGCCGGCUACACGCUGAGUUACCGUGCCGGCUACACUCUGGGCUACCGUGCUGGCUACACGCUGAGUUACCGUGCUGGGUACACGCUGAGUUACCAUGCCGGCUACACGCUGAGUUACCGUGCCGGCUACACUCUGGGCUACCGUGCUGGCUACACACUGAGUUACCGUGCUGGGUACACGCUGAGUUACCGUGCCGGCUACACUCUGGGCUACCGUGCUGGCUACACACUGAGUUACCGUGCCGGCUACACGCUGAGUUACCGUGCCGGCUACACUCUGGGCUACCGUGCUGGCUACACGCUGAGCUACCGAUCCGGCUACACGCUGCGCUACUGUGCCAGCUACACGCUGAGCUACCGUGCCGGCUACACGCUGAGUUACCGUGCCGGCUACACACUGAGUUACCGUGCCGGCUACACUCUGGGCUACCGUGCUGGCUACACACUGAGUUACCGUGCUGGGUACACGCUGAGUUACCGUGCCGGCUACACUCUGGGCUACCGUGCUGGCUACACGCUGAGUUACCGUGCUGGGUACACGCUGAGUUACCAUGCCGGCUACACGCUGAGUUACCGUGCCGGCUACACUCUGGGCUACCGUGCUGGCUACACGCUGAGUUACCGUGCUGGGUACACGCUGAGUUACCAUGCCGGCUACACGCUGAGUUACCGUGCCGGCUACACUCUGGGCUACCGUGCUGGCUACACACUGAGUUACCGUGCUGGGUACACGCUGAGUUACCGUGCCGGCUACACUCUGGGCUACCGUGCUGGCUACACACUGAGUUACCGUGCCGGCUACACGCUGAGUUACCGUGCCGGCUACACUCUGGGCUACCGUGCUGGCUACACGCUGAGCUACCGAUCCGGCUACACGCUGCGCUACUGUGCCAGCUACACGCUGAGCUACCGUGCCGGCUACACGCUGAGUUACCGUGCUGGAUACACACUGAGUUACCGUGCCGGCUACAUGCUGAGUUUCCGUGCCGGCUACACGCUGAGUUACCGUGCGAGCUACACGCUGAGUUACCGUGCCGGCUACACGCUGAGUUACCGUGCCGGCUACACGCUGAGUUACCGUGCUGGGUACACGCUGAGUUACCAUGCCGGCGUGCUAAAUCGACAACACACUUUCUGCACUUAA